AUGCUUCACAGGGUCGGGCCGCUUCGAAACGAAUUGAGCCGGCUUCAAGCCGAAGUUGCGAAGAAGGAGAAGCAGGGAGAGGAGAUCAAGGCUCGCAUUGGUCAGUUGGAGCAAUCCAUUGCGGCGUACAAGGACGAGUAUGCACAGCUGAUCGGACAGGCCGAGAACAUCAAGGCCGAUCUCAGCACGGUUCAAGAGAAGGUCGGGCGCUCGCAACAACUACUCAGUUCGCUGGGUUCGGAACGCAACCGCUGGACAGGCAGUUCGGACAGCUUCUCGCAGCAAAUGGGCACGCUGGUGGGAGAUGCAAUGCUAUCGGCGGCCUUCCUGGCAUACGCCGGCUACUUUGAUCAGCUUCUACGUGACCAUCUCUUCUACAAGUGGGUCGAUCAUGCGCAAAAGGCUGGCAUCAAGUUCCGGGCGGAUCUCGCACGCAUUGAGUAUCUCAGCACGAUGGACGACCGGAUGGCUUGGAAUCGGAACGGUCUGCCUGUUGACGAUCUAUGCAGUGAAAACGCGAUCAUGCUGCAUCGUUUCAACCGCUACCCGCUUGUGAUCGACCCUUCGGGCCAGGCCAUCGACUUCAUUAUGAAGCAGUUUGAGGCUAAAAAGAUCCAGAAAACUUCGUUCCUGGAUACCGCGUUCCGAAAGCAACUCGAGUCGGCUCUUCGUUUUGGAAAUGCGUUGCUCGUGCAAGAUGUCGAGAGCUACGAUCCGAUCCUGAACCCAGUGCUCAACCGAGAAAUUCGCAGGGCUGGUGGCCGCAUCCUGAUCACAAUCGGCGAUCAAGAGAUUGAUCUGUCGCCUUCCUUCGAGAUAUUCCUCUUCACUAGGGACUCAUCGGCCGAAUUCCCACCAGACGUCUGCUCGCGUGUCACCUUCGUCAACUUCACCGUCACAUCCUCAUCGCUGUCCAGCCAGUGUCUGAACCAAGUGUUGAGGAGCGAGCGACCUGACGUGGACAAGAAGCGAAGCGAUCUUCUGAAACUUCAGGGCGAAUUUGCGGCUCGUCUCCGACAACUUGAAAAGGCUUUGCUCUCCGCACUGAAUGAAAGCAAGGGCAAGAUCCUCGACGACGACUCGGUUAUUGGAACACUGGAGAAGCUGAAGACUGAAGCAAAUGAGGUCCAGAAGAAGGCAGCCGAGACGGACCAAGUUAUGGCCGAGGUCGACACGGUCUCGAGCCAAUACUCGCCUCUUGCCGCCGCUUGCUCUCAAAUCUAUCAUGCGCUGCAGCAGCUUGGCGAGGUGCACUUCCUGUACCAAUAUUCGCUCGAUUUCCUCAUUGGCAUCUUCACGAACACGCUUGCAACCGAGGACCUCAACGGUGUUAGCGACUACAAGCAGCGCCUUGACAUCAUUACACGCGCUCUCUUCAAGACUGUCUAUGGGCGUGUGUCGCAGGGAAUGCUUCAUGCUGAUAAGUCUAUGCUAGCCUUGCUACUGCUGAGAAUCUACGUGAAGGGAUCCGCAAACACUUACGAUGUGCAAUGGAACCAUUUGCUGGGCCGAGGCGAAAACACGAUCAGCACGGUUGAUGAAGGAAAGAAAUACUCUGAGCUCACCUUCCUCACCGCUGGCCAACGCACAGCACUGGCCAAGUUGGCCAAGGUCCCUGGAUUUACCCAAGCGCCCACGAUCGUCUCUUCCAAGGCAAACGAGGUCGCGAAAUGGUUAGUGGAAGAGCAGCCCGAGAACAACGUACCUGUGCUCUGGAACGAGAGCGACAAUAAACUUUCUGAUAUGGGAGCCGCCCUCUACCGCACCAUCGUCAUUCACACCCUACGCGCCGAUCGCCUGCUUGCUUCCGUUCAUCAGCUCGUUGAGUCGGUCUUUGGACAGGCGUUCAUGGCCCAGGAUCGUGUCAUCGAUCUAGCGAGGAUUACGGAGACUGAGGUGGGAGCAUCUCACCCUCUCGUCCUCUGCUCCACCACUGGUUAUGACGCGUCGGGCAAGGUUGAAGACUUGGCUGUUGAACAAGGAAAGGAAGUCACCUCAAUAGCCAUUGGAUCGGCAGAAGGCUUCGAACAAGCUGAAAAGUCUCUGGUCUCCGCAACCAAUUCCGGACGUUGGGUGUUGUUGAAGAACGUGCACUUGGCCCCAUCAUGGCUGGGACAAAUUGAAAAGCGACUCCAUUCUCUGAAGCCACAUCCAUCCUUCCGCCUGUUCCUCACAGCCGAAAUCAAUCCGAAGCUGCCAUCAUCGAUUCUACGCACCGGUCGUGUCGUGGUGUUCGAACCAGCCACCGGACUCAAGGCCAAUCUCUUGCGUUCUCUGACAUCCAUUCCUGCAGCUCGGCUAUCAAAGGCACCUGCCGAACGAUCUCGUCUGUAUCUGCUGUUGUGCUGGGUACAUGCCCUCAUUCAAGAACGACUUCGCUACACGCCACUUGGCUGGGCAAAUGCGUACGAAUUCAGUGAUGCUGAUCUGCGCGUGGCCUACGAUACCCUGGAUUCUGCUGUGGACUCGAUUGCUCAAGGUCGCUCCAACGUUGCGCCAGAAAAGCUCCCGUGGGCAACACUGCGCACGCUUUUGUCGCAAUGCAUCUAUGGUGGCAAGAUCGACAACCAAUUUGAUCAAUCGUUGCUGGACUGCCUGCUCGACAAGCACUUCAACCCUGCCUCGUUCAACCAAGAAUUCCAGCUUGUGGAACGUUUCCAUAACGAUCAGCCCUUGAAGAUGCCGGAAGCUACCUCAAAAGAAUCUCUGCUGCAAUGGGUCGAGAAAAUGAGCCCGCAACAAUUGCCGUCUUGGCUCGGACUACCAAACAAUGCCGACAACGUCCUCCUGACGUUGCGUGGCGAGGCGAUGCUCCGAAAUCUGCUGAAGGUCUCCGAGGAUGAAUUCGCCGUUGGACCUGGACAAGAAGAAGCGGCCAAGCCUACCUGGAUGCAGAAUCUGAAGGAGCUGGUGUCGACCUGGAUUGGCCAAUUGCCAAAGGAAUUGCAGCGCAUGAAGCGCACAAAAGACAACAUCCGCGAUCCGCUUUUCCGCUUCUUUGAGCGGGAGGUUAACCUCGGAGCCAGCCUCCUUGUCGAUAUGCGCCAGGAUCUGCAAGAGAUUUUGGACAUCUGCCGAGGCGAAAAGAAGCAAACAAACGAGUCACGCGCCCUCGCAGCCUCACUCCAACGUGGUCAAGUCCCGACAAACUGGCAACGCUACACGGUCCCGCGUGACGUUACCGUGAUGGAUUGGAUGGGCGAUUUCCGGGAACGAGUCAACCAGCUGCAGAGGAUCACCGCCAGCUCUGCCCUCAAGAGAGAAGCCGUCUGGCUGGGCGGACUGUUCAGCCCUGAAGCCUACGUCACAGCUACCCGGCAGCAAGUUGCACAAGCCAACACGUGGUCGCUCGAGCAGCUGCACUUGCACGUCUCAUUCGGCGACAGCGGAAGUGCGGACGCUUUCAAGCUUACUGGAAUCGAGUUGCGUGGCGCCCAGCCUAGCAACAGCGGUGAACUGUCACUAUCUGAUUCUGUACGUACGGCUGUUGAUUGUGUCGAAUUUUCUUGGAAACAGGAAGCGUCCCUGGGCACCCGGCUGCCGCUCUACCUCUAUGGAGACCGUCGUCAUCUCGUUGUCUCCGCCUGCUUCAAAGCCAACAGCGGUUCAGCCUUCUACGAACGCGGUGUAUCUCUGGUCGCGAACCAUUGUUUCAAU